CUUAAAACAGGAACUUGGGGGUGCAGUUGCAAAAUUAAUAAAUAUCGAAGUAGGUGUCUUGAAAAUGAUAUUCAGCCAAUCAGAAUGUUCAUAAAACAACGAAAUACCGCGCCAGUCCUUAGUCUUAAAUAAUAUUAAAAUGGCGAAAAUGUAAAACUAUCCUCAUAAGCGUUAAAACCACGUGAUAUUCUUUUUUUUUUCAUAUAGGCGAUCGAUUCUACUUGUCAGUUUUCAAUGUCGUAUCUAACACCCAUGUUUCACCCACAAUUCCUUAGAAAGUGUGAAGGCGGAUAAAUUGGUGAUAUUCUAUGAACAUCUGCAUUUGAUCUAAAGGUGGAGGUGACGCACAUUCAAAAGUAAAAGAAGUUAUUCCAAAUGAUAGUAUUUUGAUUAAAUAAAGCACACAAAAAAACCAGCUACCCUAUAUGUGCACGAAAGCUGCGUGGUAACGUUUUACAAUUGUCUCACAGCUGAAAGAAAAAGCAAUUACAAUAGUGAAUGUUUGUUAUCGAAAAAAAAUUAAAUUCCAAUGUAGAUAUUGGUCGAGAUAAAUGUCUAUGGAGUGAUACAAAAUAUGCUGGCUGAUAGAUUGCAUUGGAACUUCUAAGAAUAUAACAAAAAGUUGAAAGAAGCAAAGUUCAAAUGAUAGAGAAAAAGUUUUUCACAAUUAACAGAUAUGAUGGUUUCUUUGCUUUUAUGCUUAAUGUUGUUCACGGAAUUUUUUAUAAAUAAUUUCGCAGCAGUGAAGAAUUGUAAACAGAUUCCACUCACACUUUAUGACAGCAGAACUUGCUUGCAAGAUAUGAGAAACGGCAGUAAAAUCAUAAAGACAAAUCAUGUAUCGCGGUUUCAGAUAACAUCUCAACGGCUUCAAUUGCAACCAUGCAUUCUUGGCAAUAUAAUGCACUAUUUCGAACUACCGUUGGCUGUAAUAACCACUGAACAUAAAAACCUAGGAAAACUGAUUCAAUAUUGUCCACGAAACGUUGAAUUCAAUCAUAUGCAUAUAACGCAGAUGGAUACUACUACAGUCACAAAAAAGCUAAGAUACUUAAUAACCACAAAGUUUCAAGUUAUUUUUCUCCUGUGUUCAUUGAGGUGCACAGCAAGAGUUCUCGAUACUGCAAACCAGAUUGGUUUUAAUGACAAAUAUAUUUGGAUUGUUAUGCAUUUGGAUCUGCUGUAUGUUGGAAUAUCAUUACCACAAAAUCUACUCGGUGUUGUUUACUCGACUUAUGAGACUAAUAAUUUCAUCUUGAAACAUGAAAACCAAAGUGAAGCCCAUUCACACGAUCAUGGAACGGACGUGAUUUCAAAAGCAAAUGUUACAUCUAUGUAUGGGAGUUUCCAGAUAUUUACACGAGCAAACCGUACCAAAUGGUUAUUAAUUGGUGAAAGUCAAAAUAAUAAAGUUGAACUUCUACCAAAUGCUGACACAGCAUUUUCUUUUUUUCCUCUUCAUCAUAAACUAAAGAAAUUGACUGUAGUAACGAUCAUUGAAUCACCUUUUACAUUCUUCCAUAAAAGCAAUGUAUAUGAUCAUAUCCUUCAAACAUGCACAACUGGCAAACUUUGUUGGGAUUAUGUUAACAUGAGUAACAGUAAAGUUCGAAAACCACAUUGCUGUCUUGGUUAUUGCAUUGAUAUGUUAGCUAAAAUAGAGGAAGAUUUGAACAUAGUUACAGAAGUCUAUAUAGUUGAAGAUUCUCAAUACGGUGCUAAAGAUAAAGGUAAAUGGGUUGGAAUGGUUGGAGAUGUGUAUUAUGGUAAGGCAGAUGUUUCCUUAGCUGCAUUGACCAUUAACGCAAAACGAGCUGAAGUGAUUGAUUUUACAGAACCAUAUCUUGUUGGAGGAGUCGGUAUUGCUGCAUUGUUAGAAACAAAGUUAAUUCCCUUCUUCAACGUUGAAGCGUUUGCUCCCUUGUCUUUUCAGUUAUGGCUGACAAUUUUCUGUAUAACAUUUGGUUCAUCCUUCAUUUUAAUGCUAACUGAACGAUAUGGCAAUCCUAGAAAAACGACAUGGUCAUAUCCAUGGGUAGAAAGCAUUACAUAUCUUGUCGGCUUAACGUUUGAUCGAUUUGUUGGUGGACUAGUACCUUCUAACCCAAGUACAAAGAUUACUGCUAUCUCAAUUUCUCUUUGCAUGUUGAUCGUUAUGUCAACUUAUACAGCAGUUAUGACAGCUAACAAGGUUACACAUACAACAAGCUUACCAAUCGCAGGGUUUAAAGAUAAAAAGAUCAUUCAACCAACAUCAUCAUUUACUUAUGCUACCAUUCAAAACUCUGCAUUUACACAAAUGUUUCAUGACAGCAAAGACCCAAAUUGGAACAGAAUGUACUACUUCAUGAAGGACUAUAACUUUCUCAAUACUGAGAAAGCUUUUGAGAAAUUAAAAGCUGGUCAACUCAAUGCAAUUAUCCAUGACUACCCAGUCAUAGCUGGUUAUAUAGCAAAAGAAGAAGAUUGUAAAAUCCAAUUUGCUGGUGAACCGAUAAAAGACGCUGGAUACGGAUUAGCAGUGCGUAAAGGCUCAGCACUGAAAGCAAAAUUAUCAGAUCUAAUCCGGAAGUACCAAGAAGAUGGUACUCUUAUAGCGUUACAAAAAACUUGGAUAAGCAGUAAAUGUGUUACUUCAAAAAAAGGUGGAAACGAACAGAUAAAUGAAAUUGGAAUUAACUUUUUAGGCGGUUUAUUUAGCUUAGUGUUGUCGUGUGUGUUUCUGUCCAUAUUAAUUCUGUCCUUAGAAUGCCUAGUUGCAAAAUUUAUACAAAGAAAGUAUAAAAGAGAUAUCACGCUGCAUGUAAUUUAAUGAAUGCUGUUGUCAUCCUUUGUUAAUGUAAACAAAUAAUGCUGUAUUUAUUAUAAAAGUGCUGAGCAAAGAGUGAGUCAGCUUUUUUUUCUGAGAAAUAUUCGGAAAACCUUUUUACUAUAUUGGCUGACUUUAAACUCUGAGUUUAUAUGUUUUUGUUUUUCAUUGAACUAUAAACUUUCGUCUCGGGCUCUACUCCUUUGGUGAUCGUAGUUUCUUGAUAGAGUGUGAAAUUGUUUUUUCAUAUUCUAGUCUGCAAAAUACCACGCAAACGAAUUAGCCUGAAAACCAUGCUAAAAAGUAAUAGCUAGAAAAAUAUGAAAAAGAAAAUACCAAUGAAAAUAUCUUCCGUGUCAAUGGGACUAUAAAAAUUUAUUUUUAUUCCUUGCCAUUAGAUCACCUGACUAAAUUAUUGUUUAAAUAGGGAAUUCCAGCUGCCGACAUCACGAUCUUUAUCGCUGUAUAUAAUCACGUGUCAUCUUUAAUGACCCUACUUAUGUGUAGAAAAAAAUAUUUUUCGUUACAAUUUUUCUUCAGGUGAAAUGCGCAUAUUUAAAAUAGUAGCUUGUUUCUAUGGUAACAUAUUUCUAUUGAUUUUGUGCUAUGCGUAUGUUCUACAAAAUUUCCGCCGUAUUGCCAUGCGCGUAGGAUCUCACAUUUCAAAGGCGUACAUAUUAUGAUUUCAACUAAAAAUUGUAAAAGUUACGUUUCUCAUUGCAUGGAACUGUUUUGUGUUCUUAUGCUUUUUACGCAUUAUAAUUAUGGGACCUUUUUAGAAGAGAUUCUUUUGCUGUGAGUAAUGCGAUUUUCAUGUAUUGAAGAAAUAAAUUCGCCUCUCUAAUAUACCCGUUUUUUUAGCAAACCCGCCUUUAUUUCUAAGGUUGAAACGGUAAUCCCGCCGCGGGGAUAAUGUAGUACGGUGAUCGACCUGUGCACAGCAAUAAUGACUUCUAACAGGUUAGUAAGUAAGAAUAUCUAAAAAAAUUAAGUUAGUUUUGGAUGGUGUCCAUUUAAAACACAUCAUUUGUAAUCAUAAUAAAUUUUAGAAGACUUGGUUAAGAACGCUUCGCCGUGUCUUCAUGUAUAAUUAACGCUUUAUUCACCGUGUUUUGAAAAAUAAAUCGUUUAAAAGUAUAUUUUAGCAAAUACCAUUUUAGGGCCGAAAUGAAAUAUUUUUUUUGGUAUCUUGUUUAGUCUUAAUAAAACUUUAGAUGAUUUUAGGCGAAAUGAAACUCAUUCCGGUGCUGAUCUUAAGUUACGAAAAAGCUGAAGUAUAAUCAACCAGGUCUUUCAGUAUUUGUAUCCCGCGAGUUCAAACGGCAAUCGGUCAAAAAGCUAGUUAAUUAACUAUUUCUUAAAGCAUAUACGAUAGCCUAAUAGGCCAUCCUGUCUAAAGACAGGCCAGUCCAGCAUCUAGCAUUGGAGCUGCGUACGUAGUUGGGUCACAACAUGGCCGUCUAAUCGAUUCCAAAAUAUUGUUUCUGUAUCCAUUGUGGAAAACAGAAAAACAAAAUAUAAACCUGCAGUGGAAGAACAAAAGGAGCCUAUGAUUUAACAAGUAAAAAAAGUAAGAAGAUGAGAGGUCAUUAACUUUUAUUAAAGAGUAAGCUAAAAGUAUUCAGUAUAGCUAGUCUAUAACUAUACCUAGGGUUCUGCAUUGCCUCUUGACCCCAUCAAACGCAGUGCUGUGCGGCUUAAUGACAUAUUUUGGGGUAUUGACAGACAUUGCUAUAUGCUUCCUAUAGCUUAGCGAUCAUUAAUUCACAUAACAGCAAUUAUUAAUCAACAAAAACCACAGAAUAACACUUUGACUAACUAUAGCGCUAAACUUUCAAAGACUUGUUUUGAUUUAAGAUACCUUGAGUUCUCCAUACUGCAUUACGAAUUAUUAAUUUUAAAAAUGGUAGCACUGUCAUAAAAAGGUUUAUUUCACUACAUUUUCACUAUUGUCAGCAACAACAAAAAUUUGUCCUUGUCUUUCUUAGUUUUCAAAUAAUAAUAUUUUUACUUAACUGUACAUCUAUCGCAGGAGCCAA